AUGAGAUCCGAAUACAGUUUGCUAAUAUCCACAUUCAACUGUGGCAAAUGCCUCCCACUUACCGAGCCCUCACAAUUGGAAAAAAUAGCAUCAAUAUUAGUUUCCCCCGAUUUCGUUCACGAUAUUUAUGUUUUAGGGUUCCAAGAGCUGGUGGCCAUUUGGCAAGGAUCUUUUCCCGACAUAGUUGAAACACAGCUACUGACAUUAUCAUAUGCAAUCCUAAAGCGUAUUAACGCAUUGGAUGUGAGUCGUGAAUUCAAACUAGUAGCACUGAAUAGCGUUGGCGCCAUAGGACUCUUGGUCUACGUUGAUACCAAGUUCAUAACUACCAACAUCUUAAAAGCCUCCGCCAGAUGCGGGCUACUAUUCUCAAGCCUCAAAGGCGCUACGGCUGUUAAGCUGACCCUACAGGCCCCGGACUCUGAGAACUUUAGUUCUUUUGUUUUUGUUACUGCUCACUUGGCUGCUAAUGAGGGCGAGGAGCAUUUGCUAAGGCGAGAAAACGAUUACCAUGCAGUCACAAAUGCCCUUGAACAAGAACUGGGACCAUUUGCAGCAAACCACGUAUUUAUCUGCGGCGAUCUCAAUUUUCGGUCUGGGCGAUGGGCCACCGGCGAGACUGAUUUUAGCAAUACGGACUAUCUGCGCGAAGCCGUGCGGCAACACGACGAGCUUAGUACAAGCAAGGGAUCGGGGCGCAUCUUCAAAAAUUUCCAGGAGGCUCCUAUUUCAUUUGCGCCUACCUACAAGUUUCAACUUACCACUCCGAAAGAGUCGUACAACCCUUCGCGAAUUCCAUCAUGGUGCGAUCGCGUUUUGUUCCAAAAUGGCCCUGUCAAACCUAAAAUUUUGAGCUAUACCUCAUGCAAGAGGUCGUCUGCACUCCAAUUCACAGAUCAUUUGCCGGUCGUGCUGCAGGUCAUUGUCCCUUAUGCUGAUUUCGAUUCCUCUGUUUCAAGCCUGAUUGUCAAACAGGCCUCGACUCAAGGCUCGAGGACUAUCGGUCGGUUAGUAGACCUCAUUAUCGGCUAUUCAGGACGGGCCACUGAUCUUUACGGGACUCAGCUCGUCGUGGCUGGCAUCUUAUUGGCUUUAUGGGUCAUUUACCUUACUUGCACGUGA